AGUGAGAGAAGUGCAGGCCUUCUCAUUUCCUGCACAGCCUGAGUGAGUGUGGCAGUGCUGUACAGUUCCUUGGCCUGACCCUCUCUCUCUUUCUGUGUCUGCCUGCCUGUUGCUGUGGCAGCUCCGUGCCAAGAUGUUUGAGGCUCGCCUGGUGCAGGGCAGCAUCCUGAAGAAGGUGCUGGAAGCCCUCAAGGACCUCAUCACCGAGGCUUGUUGGGACAUCAGCUCGACCGGGAUCAGCCUGCAGUCCAUGGACAGCUCGCAUGUGUCCCUGGUGCAGCUUACCCUGCGCAGCGAUGGCUUCGACACCUACCGCUGUGACCGCAACCUGGCCAUGGGCGUCAACCUGAGCAGCAUGUCCAAGAUUCUCAAAUGUGCAGGCAAUGACGAUAUCAUCACCCUGAGAGCUGAGGACAAUGCUGACACACUGGCUCUGGUGUUCGAGUCACAGAACCAGGAGAAAGUCUCCGAUUAUGAGAUGAAGCUGAUGGAUUUGGACGUUGAACAGCUGGGAAUCCCGGAGCAGGAGUAUAGCUGCGUGGUGAAGAUGCCAUCUGGAGAAUUUGCCAGAAUCUGCCGGGAUUUGAGCCAGAUCGGUGACGCGGUGGUGAUCUCGUGCGCCAAAGACGGGGUGAAGUUCUCAGCCAGUGGGGAGCUGGGCACUGGGAACGUCAAGCUCUCGCAGACCAGCAAUGUGGACAAGGAGGACGAUGCAGUGACCAUUGAGAUGAAUGAACCCGUGCAGUUGACUUUCGCUCUGCAGUACCUGAAUUUCUUCACCAAGGCCACCCCGCUGUCACCGACCGUGACACUCAGCAUGUCCGCGGAUAUUCCUCUCGUGGUGGAGUAUAAGAUUGCUGAUAUGGGUCACAUCAAGUAUUACCUGGCCCCCAAGAUUGAAGACGAGGACACCUCUUAAGCUGGAGCUUGUGUUGUACAGACUGAUUCGGGGACGGCUGGACUGACAACACACACACUGACUGCGGAUCGAUAGCUCAGAAACUGCAGGGCCAGGUCACAGACUGAGCUGACACCUCUGUUACAACAUUACACUUUUACAGGCUCUGCUCUCCCUGUGCAUCCUGGAGUUGUUUUGUAGAUAUUUUAUGUAAAUAUGUUGUGCGACGUGGAAUGGCUUUUUUUGUAAGAUGGAGGGGAAAGGCAGCAAAUAAACCACGAUUCUGUGA